UGUGGUGCUAUAUAGCGGAAAGUAUUAUUCUGGAAUCGAAAUUUGGCAUUUGUGCCCGUGACUCGACCACUUUCGCGCCAAAGCUAAAUGAACGUUUCUUAUUGGUUCUUUUGAAUUACGAACGACAGUUACUGGGGUAUGCGCGUACGCGUAUCGUGACAGAUUCACUUUAAUACCAGCUGGAAAUUCAUCUUCACGGUCAAACCUGUUUCUUUUUCUUUUCGAAGCGAAAGAAAUUUAUGUCCGCGGUGGGGCUCGAACUCCGGACAUCUCGCGUCAACGGCAGAGACAUAACCAUGCCCACCAGACCAUCUGCCCAUUAACUAUUACGUCAUGACUAUGUAACGAGGGGUUUCCUCUGUCAUAAUCGAUAAAACUGCUUCUGCGAGGAACAAAUGUGUUUAAAAUUUUAUUCUUUGGCGUAAAAAUGAAAGAGGUUUUUAAAACUUUUUCCGCGUCCAGUGCGUAUCGACAGUUACAAAGAGUCAGUGAAAAUGAAGCUUCUUAAGUAUCUCCUUGCAAAAUCAGCUCUCACAAUCUCCGAGUUAUGUUGAUGUAUCUAAAUCAAUUGUGAGUCUAAAUCUAACCUACAAACAAAUUUUCGAUUCCUUCAUGCUAUUUUAUAUUCAGAGAUGAUUUUUCUCGGGAAUAAAAUUUUCGAUAUUUUCACAACUGAAUUUAUUUUGUAUUUUGUUUCGUAAUUAAGUGUUCAGAAAAAUCUUGCAAAAGCGAAAUGUAAUUAGCAUUCACAGUUAUUGCUUGUCCCAAUGGGAUUAUAAUCAACACAUCUUGUCUACCAUUGGACGCAUUACUCAUUAAACACSUUAGAAACACAAACAAAACAAUGUGUAAUUGUGACGUCGUUGCUUGAAGCAARCACGUACUCAGCACGUUCUCAAUCGCAUACCAAAAAUUAAAUCAUCGUUUCGCUGCCUCCACGGGACAUCAAGUAACCAGCCUGCAGCGAUGGCCUCUGGAGUUCCGCUUUUCAGCUUCGUUAUAAUCGCAUUAUUUACCGCGGUUUCUGGACGACCUGGUUCUGAUGGCGAACUUAAGAUUCGAAAGAAGAUUCUAACACUCCUGGAUAAGACUGUACGGCCGUCGACUGGUCCUGACUUCAAAGUGGAGUUUUCUGUUCAAUUUAAUAGUCUUGAUAAUGUGGAUGAUAAACAGCAGACAAUCACYGUAAAAACCUGGGUUGUCAUGAAAUGGAAUGACACUUUUAUUAAGUGGAAUGAAUCUGACUAUGGAGGGGUUCAGAGAGUACACUUUAAACCCACAGAGAUCUGGUUCCCGGACAUUGCAUUAUACAACAAGUAUGUACAGCGAUUCUUGUUUGAUUUCUAUAUCUUUUGUUUGGCUAUUGCGUCUUCUUCGCAGCCGACCAUUUUGCCAGGUUUUUACCUGGUUGCAGACAGGAAGCCCGACUUUGAGGAAGACAACAGCUGGAAGAAAGUAUCCUUGGAAGUAAGCCUUGAAGAAGCAGACCAUGUAAAACAUCCGCUAAGCAUCCGCUCCAAGAUGGGCUCAAACAUGUUGGUUUACAGUACGUUUACAUUAGUUGCAGCUUUUCUUUGCGUUGUUGCUGAACGACCUGGUUCUGAAGGUGAGAUCAUGAUUCGAAAGAAGAUCUUAAAGAACCAUGACAAAACAGUGCGACCAGCGAUUGGUUCUGAAUUCCCAAUUCACAUUGGGAUAAAAAUGAGAGCCAUCGUUGAUGUGGACGAUAAAGAAGGGACUAUCACUAUGAAAUCCUGGGUCGUCAUGGAAUGGAAUAAUACGUUUAUUAAGUGGGAAAAAUCAGAAUAUAAAAAUGUACAAAGAGUGCACUUUCUACCCACAGAGAUCUGGUUCCCGGACAUUGCAUUGUAUAACAACGGUGACCCUGACGUUCCUAUAGCUGGGGGUACAACAAAGUUUCGUUCCAAUGUCGUUUGUAAACAUAACGGUGCAUGUACCUGGAGUGGUGCAGCCAUUUUCAUCGCACAUUGUGAGAUCCACAUCAAAAAAUGGCCUUUUGAUACUCAAACCUGUGAUUUAGUCUUUGGUUCUUCUUCCUACGAUAAAAAGCACCUUCAGCUGAAGCUUUUCCGCCACAGUUUGUUCAUUCCUGAAGGAAAUAGCAAUUGGAAAGUAGAGUCCCUCAACGCUGUUGUAAGUGAAACAGACCACGGUCAUUGCUGCCCUUACAAGUUUGCCAAAAUCACGUACAGCCUCAAGAUAAAACGUCUCUUUGGCUAUCAAAUGUUUUAUAUAUUCGGCCCUUGCUGUAUCCUCACCAUAUUGUCAAUGUUGAGCUUCCUAAUCCCGUCUGAGAGUGGGGAGAGGAUAGGUUUUGUCACAUCAMAGUUGCUGAGCCUUAUGGUGUACUUGCUAGUUGUACCUGCUUCGUUACCAGUAUCAUCGAAAGAGAUUCCCAUUCUCGGUGUGAUCAUCAUGCUGACACUAAUCAUUAUCUCAUUCGUCUUGUUUGCUACGAUUCUUGUUCUGCGAUGCUUCUUCCGCACCGAUAUUCCACCCAAAUGGCUUCGCUUUUUGGCCUCCAAGAAGUUCUUUCCUCGUAAGUCUAUUCCAGUGAAAAGGCAAGCACAGGACGAAAAAGAGAGUUUCGCUGUAGGACUUUUGCUAAAAGGCUUUGACGUCAUGGACGUUGAUGGUAAAGUCCCCAAAGCCAUGCCUUUGAUGCCUGAGCCAUGCAUCGAUGAAUCGGUAUCUGGUCAAGAAAUGUGGCAAGACAUUGCUGUUAAGCUUGAUGUGAUCUUUUUCUGGAUUUCUGUUCUUGCAAGUGCAAUUUCAUAUGCUUUUUUUAUAGGAAUGGCAUUCACUGAUUGAUGUAAUAUGAUGAGGUAGCAAUCACCGGAAGCAUGUUAAAUGAUAAAAUGAUAAAUUCGCAUAUAUGUUACUUAAUCGUUUCCCAAUUAAAAGUUUUGAUGAUACCCUGGAACUGAGUUUGGAGACUAGAACAGUUAUUGUAAAUUCACUAAUGGCGAGUUGAAAAUUAGAAAUAGGCACUUUUGGCGCAAAAGUUAAAAAGACAAUUUUUCCCUUUAGGGUCCGCUUUUAGUCUUCCAAGUGCAUGUGGAAAUUUUAUCUGCGCAGACAAGAACUGUUUAAAUCCAACCCAGCAUAUCUUGCAUGUAAAAUGAAAUGCCAACUGGAUGAUUUUAACGUGCAGCGAGCAAUGAGCUCUAAUCAGCUCUAAGACGUAUAGCCCAUUAAUUUUAACAGUAAAAUUGUUUUGACUUUUCAAACAACAAGAGCAAAGAAUUAAAAGUGUCGCUUUCCUAGUAUAUAAACUGGAUAUUAAUUAUCGAUCUUUCUGAUAUCUUGUUAAAUUGCACUUAAUAAUUAGUAGAGCUAUUAUUGUAAUUAUUACAUAAUAUUUAAUAUGGUGAUUGUCAGGUCAGUAAGCUGACAUGCACAUGUAAUUGUAAUUGUACUGAACAAUAAACGAAAGUCGAAACUUUUAAGUACAUUGUAUAUCCUCAAUUGUUAAAAAAGUAUCUAUCGAGGGAUAUUCCCGUGUUGUAUUAAUUGAAAUUACGGUUGUUCCGACAUUUUUUUAAGAAAAAAUUCGACUGCCUGACGUUUAGUCCUGGCACUAAACGUCAUGCUGCCUGACGAUUAGACACUCCGUAAUAUUUAUUAAGCUAUUAUUGUAUUUAUUACAUAAAAUGGUGAUUGCCAGUAAGCUGAAAUGCACAUAUAAUUGUAAUUGGAA